AUGGAUUCCGAUGGAGCUGCCAAAGGGCCACCUCAGGAAACAGUGUUUUCUCUAACCAUUCAGCCGACUGUUGGAGAUCCUUUUGACCUACAGAUAAACAGUGCUGAAAUGGUGCAGGAGCUGCAUCAGGUGUUAUUGGAGCGCGAGGCAACAUGUCACAAGACAUGUUUCAGCCUUCAGUUGAACGGAGUCACGCUUGACAACUUUACUGAAAUUCGAGCCGUGCCGGGUCUCACUGAUGGAAGUGUCCUUCACGUUGUUGAAGAACCUUACACAAUGAGAGAAGCCCGUAUUCAUCUCCGCCAUGUGCGUGAAUUACUGCGAAAUAGUGACCAAGCUGAUGCUGCUUCUGCAGUCGAUCUAACAUCGUUAUCUUUCCUGCCCUCAGUAAAUCUUCAGGAAAGGGGAGAUAAGGAAAAGCCUUUUGAUGGACUUCCACCAGACUAUGUUCUUCCUGGAACAAAGGAGCGUUCUCUUGCACCAAUGUUGACAAAUUUGUCAAAAGGGAAAGUGGCGUUGCGGAAUCUCGGAAUAUCUGCAUUUAACCCGCCGCCUGGCCAUAGAAAAGUCAAGGGAGAUGUAUUGUAUAUUUUCGUAGACACAGUAGAGAAGCGUCGUCUUCAUAUCACAUGUUGCACAAAGGGAUUCUUCGUCAAUUCUUCAACAGAUGAUGUAUUCAAUCCAGCUCCCAGUAAUCAAAAUAAAGGAAUCACUCAUAGUUUGGUAGAUUUGCUCAAUGUAGUCAGCCCUGGGUUCAAAAAGGCGUAUCCUGUGAUUAUAAAGAAGCGUAAUGAGCGUCAUAUGCUCGACAGACUUCCCACACCUUACCCAGUGUAUUCAUGGCUAUCGCCUCCGCAAGAGGUUGUGGAAGAUUCAAUCCGUGCUGAUGACGCUUCUCAACCACAUCGUGUUGGGUUCGAGGAUCAUCUACCGGGACAGAUACGUGACUGGAAUGAGGAGCUGCAAACAACGCACGAAAUGACUCGCACAUCUCUUCCUGAGCGGUUAACUAGAGAUAGAAGUGUUUUCAAAAUUCAUGGAGAUUUUAUUGGUGCUGCGAUUAAG